CGUAAAGGGACAGGCAGGGAAUGACAAGAAGAGCAUCCACCGCCUGACCAAGCUGGCACACGUAGACCAUCAGAGAUCAAAACAUAAACAGAGCAUUCGUCUGUCCUCGUAAAUGUGUCAUGCGCGCAACAGACAGUCAUUAAAUAUCCGGUAAAUCAGGAAUAUUGUUCUGUUGCUCUCUGUAUUGGAGGUUGUCGUCUGACAACGACAAUACAGACUACAGAUAAUAUAUGGGCUAUUGAACUGAGUAAUAAUUAUAUUUCUAGAUAUUAAUGUAGUGCAAUUAUACAAUUGUAAAAUAGGCUACUGUUGAUAUAAAUACUGAAAUAUGGGUUCUAGAUUAAGCAGACAGAGUAGUCUGGACAAUGAGAAUUUUACGAAAAGGCGUCGCAAGCAUCUUGACAGCACAGGAGAAAGCGACAGAGGUGGAAGUCGAGGCAGCGGCGACUUUCUUUUUACAAUGAUUCUGAAAUCAGACAAACUGCCGGGGAUGCUGCGAAGGUCCAACCACAGUCCCUACGUGAGGCGAGUGGCAUGGAUCCGAGACAUACAAAAGCUGCUCCGUGAUCGCAGGAUAGAUCAGGCAACCGACGUGCUCAAACUAUUGAGGAAGGAUCUGGGCUUGGAAGGCACAUCCCUCAAUGACAUCUUAUAUAAGAACGCUGCUUUUCUCAACCUGGUGGACCCUAUCUCCCAUGAGUUGUUGCUCAGCCUGGCUCGUGAGAUGCAGUGUCCCAAGAAGAAGGAUGCUGACACCAUCAAGUCGUCAGAUAAGAUUUGCAGACAGCUGAUCUACCACCUGACCCCUCACUCCAAGUGGCUCAGACAGAGCAUGUCCAGACGGAAGUCCCAGGCCUGUCUCAAGACAACCCUGCAGAGAAAAGUAUCCACUGACACAGUUGACUUGUCUGGCAUACCUCUCUCCAGUCGAGAUGUUCGCCACGUGGCCUUCUACCUUCAGAACAGUGGGGAUGCAGUGGUGGCUGUGGAUAUCAGUUUCACUGAGCUCCAAGAUGAGAACCUCCGUGUCCUGCUACCGGUCCUGGGGUCUCUGCCCAAACUCAACACCCUGGCCCUCAACGGCAACCGGCUGACCCUGGCCAUAGUCAAAGACUUGACUGAGAUCCUGAAAGACCCAAAGAAGUUCUCCAGCCUGGCUUGGAUUGAUCUGGGCAACAACUUUGACAUUUUCACCAUGCCCCAGCCCCUGUUAGUGGCCCUGCGACGCCGCUGCAGCCUGAAGAGCAGCUUGCCCACCAUCUAUGAGUACACAGAGGGCCAACCCUACUGCUACCACAUGGAGACCUCCAUUGAGGAACCCAGCCACUACGAGGAGGAGGAGGCAGGGGAAGAGGAGGGGGAGGAAGAUGAAGACGAGCUGGAGCCAUGGGCUAUAGGGGGGAAAAAGAUUUCAAAGGACUUCACACUACACUACUGUGAGAGGUGAUGAGUUGAAGUCCCCCUGGCUCGGUUCAGCUGUUUGAAAGGCCUUCCCACAGCUUCAAGUUCCUACCUUUCCCAUGUUGCCCUUUACACCAUGAGCCCAGUCACCCAUUGUGGCACGAGGGAUGUUUAGCGCCACACAUUCCAGAGACCAUCGUUCCAACACAGCCACCAAUUAAUCUCUCACCAUCUAUGAGUUAAUCCACAAAGACCACUGCAGUAACUGAUUAUGUUGGUGACUUACUGUGUUGGUGGAUGGUGCUCCUGGGAACGAGGUGCGGUUUCAUUGGAGGUGGACUAGAAGAAUUUCGGAAAAGGUGCUCUCUCUCUCGCCCUCUUAAAGUAGCAGCUGUGGAGCAAAUCCCAAGGACUUCGGAUCAGACGGCUUGACGGAGGAGCGCCAUAGCGCUGGUGGUCUAAUGAGCUGCUGUUGGUUUGGAAGCAGUAGGUUCUCUACCAGGACUGUCACUGAGACUAUCCCUGGCAGGCAGGGCCUAGCUCCACAUUGUGUGUUCUCUGUUAAUCUCUCAACAAAGGCUAUGAAACAAGUUCAACAGACUAUACAGCCGACGAACCGUCACGUGAUUCUGGCAAAACUGCUAAGUCAAGACUUUUUGCCCCCCCCCCUCCCCCCUCCCUUUCGAAAUGUCCACUUGUGAAUACCUACUUAGAUGUAAAUGAUGACACAAAACAGGGCUCUGUUGUGUUUCCACAGGCUAUUUUAGUGCACUGCUGGUGAAUAAAGCCAUCUUAGAAGACAACAGGUAGGACUCAACAAUAGACUGAUUGUUUGCUGUUGUCCAAAACUCUGAGAUUCACCACUGUAUUUGGCUGUUUUAGUCAUUAUCAUUUUAGAACACAUGUGGGAUGAAUGACAGUGCAGACAAGCCCCGAGGGUGGACUCAUUCAUCUCUUUGUAGUGAGGAACGUACCAAAUGGAAUCACAUACUGACACCCUUUGUACUAAUAUGUCGUUAUUAACAUUUAUAUGUGCGUUUGUUUAUAUGUGUGUUUGUUUAUUGUGGAAGAAACAUGACUGUUACAUAUCAGUUGUAGGCUAUUACCAGGGCUGAUAAUCAGUGGGGUGGGCUGAGUGUAGUGCUGGAUAGUGGUGGUCUAUGAAAUAGCACAUAAUAGUUCAGUUGGGUUUACCAACUACAGCUGAGCUCCAUGCUGUAUUGCACUUUAAGAAAGGUGAGAAAUGGAUUUGACUUCAGAUCCAUUUCAUUCUCUCAUUGAUGCAUAAAGCUUUUUACCAAUUCAUCCUAAUAUCAAUAUUGAUUUUUCACAAUGAUAUUUCAGAAGCUUAACCACACUGACACCAUAAUAUACAUAAAGGUCAUUCAACAAAACUGCUAUUAAUAGAGUCAAUGCAUUAACAAUAAUUUAAUAACUGGAUGUAAUCUACUGGUAUCAUCUGAUUGAAUAUGUGUGAGGGUGUUUAAUGUGUGUUUGCUGUUGUAUAAUGUCUGAUUACUGUUGUAACUGUUUGUAUUAUUAAUCGUAGUUAUUUCAUUGUGAAAAUGAGCACUCUAACCUCUGCUGGAACAAUUAGGGGACACACAAGGGCAAGGUAUUAAUAAACUAAUGGCAUACCGCUAGCAACAAAUGUUCCCCAUUUCACUGACAUUAAAUGUACACUGAAAUGUAGCACAGGAGAUCACUUUUCAUGUACAAUAUGUGUAUGUUUAAAAAAUAUCAAAGGUGUUGUGAUGGUUUUAUGGGACUAUGGUAGGAAAAUACUUUGCUCACACUGUAUAUGUUAGCAUUGUGUGUCAUUGUUAUACUAUUUGUCAACUCUGGGUCAUUGUAUCUGUAUGUGGUGCCAUACUUAGAAUUACAUUUUACUGCCAAUAAAAACAGUGACUCUAAGCAACUGUUUGCAGGAUGAAGUGUAACAGAAAGAGAAGAGUAAAGAUUGGCAUAAGGUUG